UCUAUAACAUUUCGUAAGUUUGUGAUUUAGUUCAGGUAAGAAUUGUAUGCAACGUCACAUGCGGGUCACCAUCUGUGGGUUUUAAAUAUUAGUGAAGGGGCAGUAAAUUAUUGUAUAAUUCUAUAAAAAUGGAUUUCUUUGACUCCCUGCCAACACACAUGGACUAUGACGGGCAAGCCAGGGCAGAAAAACUCUCCAGGGUAAUUGUCACAUUGUUUGGAGUGGUUGGGCUUGUUUGGGGUUAUGCGAUACAGCAAUUUUCCCAAACUAUUUACAUUUUGGGGGCAGGUUUUGUUUUGGCUGGCAUAGUCACGAUUCCGCCAUGGCCAAUGUAUCGCCGCAAGCCUCUAGACUGGCAGAAGCCUCAACCUGAAGUGCCAACAAAGUUUAAGAAGAAGAAAUAAAUUCCUGCAUUAAAUUCUGACUAAAUAUUCUUAUUCCUGAUCCAUAUAUACAAUAUGAUAUAACCUAAAUAUGGAAUCUCGUAUUCUUCAAUUUAAA